GGGGCGCAUGCGCAAUGCGCCCCCAAAGGAAUAACGACAAAUUCAGAUUUACUAUGAUAUGACCACAAUUAGACAGCUACCUACGCUAAGCAAAAUAGUUCCAAAACUUCGCAGUAACUCCAAAAAUCAUAGUUCCCUGUCUAUUUUAAAAUUAACUGGCCAAUUAUGUACUAAAUUUUGCAAUCGUUUUUUAAAAUUGUAUGUAUAUUUUUGCUUUACGCGAUUUUAAUAUUACUACACCAGCGGUCGAUGGUAGCCAAAGUACUUGCAUAAAUAUAGUACAAAUUACAUGUAGUCACAAGUUAAUUAAGUGUCUUAGAACUCAAAAAUUUAGAAAUUAAUGGAAUACGGAUUUCAGAUCAGCUAACUUUAAAGCUUAAAAUGCUUCAUAAGUGUAAAUUUAAGAAAAACAUUGCAUGCGUAUGAAUACGAACUAUUUUCGCCCUAGCGUCAUUUUCCCGGAAUCGCCAUUGUUUACAUGUUCAUCCGUGAAAGAUUGAGAAGUUUUGCUGUUAAUCAAGAAGUUCCACGUGUUAAAACGAGUUGUGUGUGAUGUAACAUUUUAAUUGUGGCACAGUUGGUUGUUUGCUGAGAAGCUGUGAAACAUAAUUAUACAGGCCAUUUUUCACUUCAGGUGUGUGAUUAAAGGCUUGUUUGUUAGAUUUAAAUUGUGGCACAGUUGUUUGUUUGCUGAGAAGCUGUGGAACAUAAUUAACAGGCCAUUAAGGUAUGUGAUUACAGACUUGACAGUGAGAUUUUGAUUGUGACAAGGUCAUUUGUUUGCCAAGAAUUCUUGAAAUCUGUGAACUGCAUAGAUGUGUAGACCUGUGUGAAAGCUUAUGGUUAAGACAGUCGGUGUCAUUGAAAUCAGUUUACUGCUACUUUGUACAGGUAAAUAAACAAGUAUUAAUAUGGUAUUUAGUAUUUAAUUGUCUUAAAGCAUAUAUUUAAAAUUAUAAACAACUUUUUGAUCUUGCUGUGUAUACAUUUACACAAAAUACACUUUUCAUACUUAUUUAAUGCUGGACAGCAAGAAUAUAACAAAGAUUUACAAAUUUAAGUGUAGUUGUUUUUGUUUUUUUUUAUUUCCUUUUUUUGUAAGAUUUUUUUUUCAUUUUGCCAAUUAAUUAAAUUUAAAAGAAACAUUGGAAUUGAACAUACAUGGAAUUGAACUUAUCUUGGAGUUGAACAAAUAAAUCUUGGAAUUGAACAUACAUGGAAUUGAACUUAUCUUGGAGUUGAACAAAUAAAUCUUGGAAUUGAACAUACAUGGAAUUGAACUUAUCUUGGAGUUGAACAAAUAUAUCUUGGAAUUGAACAUACAUGGAAUUGAACUUAUCUUGGAGUUGAACAAAUAAAUCUUGGCAUUGAACAUACAUGGAAUUGAACUUAUCUUGGAGUUGAACAAAUAUAUCUUGGAACUGAAUAUAUUUUUCUUGGAACUGAACAUAUAUAUCUUUGAACUGUAUAUAUUUAUCUUGGAACUAUAUGUAUAUUAGUAUUUAGCAUAUAUGUUGUGAGUAUGCCAUUAUAUCAUGGAUUGAGAAAGCAAGUAAAAAGGUACAAUCUUUAGGGAAUUGAAUAUUUCCUGCUAGGAUUUAUUAUUUUGAACUUUAUCAUAUAUUUUCCGUUGCAUAUAUUUUCCAGUGUGUAGAUCUGUGAAUUCAAGAAGGUAAUUUAUAUUUUGACCAGGUGCCUUUAUUUACAUGUAAAUAUGGUAGUUUAUUCAUUGUGUUGUGUUCUGGGUUAAGUUUAAAAGAAAUACGAAUUUUUGUGUUUAUGUUAGAAUUGUGCAUUUGAAUAGUUCCUUAUAUUGCCAAAGGCUUAAACUAACCUCGUCAAUUUAAAUUGUGGAUUUAAUGUGAAAACAGUUGAACAGUCAAAUCUGCUUUUUACUGUAGAAUGUGAAUUAUACUAUCUAACCAAUUUUAUUACUUGAACUUAUUCAUACAUUUUUGCUAUAAAUUUGGAUUAAAAUCAGGGAAUGAAUAACAAGGCAUUAUUUUUAGAAUAAUUUUGAAUCAAAAAAACUUCUUUAGUUUUAUUGUGUUUUUAUUCCAUAAGUAAUUGAAAUAUAAAGAAAAAUGUCACUAAAUUUAUUGUUUGGUAUGGCAUUUGUGUUGGUACUAAUAUUGUUUUGUAUUCCUUUGCAUAAUGAUGCAAAUCAAUUGUUAUUCCUGCAAGAAUCAACAAAUGAUAGAAAUGAUAGAUGUGAAUGUAGUCGCAUAAUAGUAUUGCUGGACUGUAAAAACUUGAGUGAAAUAGGAUUUUGCUUUGAUAAAGAAAUGUUCAUUUCCAUACCCUUUGACUCUGUUGCCCUGGACAGUGUAAUGUUCUCAAAACACUUUGAGAUACAAGUCUAUUACCAGCUUUUUUUUCAUUUAAAGCAUACAAGACGUGUGAAAUCAAGGCCUAUGUCUGUUCGCAACAUUACAAGAAUUUUUCUUUUGUUACUUGCUGGAGAUGUUGCCACAAACCCUGGCCCUGAGACUAAUGGUGCAGUAUUGAAUGAAUCUUGCAAAGUCUUUCUGCUACACACUACUGCAGAUUUUAAUCAAGCUUCUGAAAACCUGCCAAUUAAGGCUAGAGGUAGACAAUGUGUUCCUACUUGCCUUAUGUUUUUGAUUGCUGUCAAUUAUGUUAAACCAUGUUUGUUGUUUCAAGGAGAGGAUCUUAAUGAUGUCAUGUUUGCUGGAAGUUUUCUUUAUUGUGCUAUGUCUGAAAAACAACAUGACCUGGUUGGAUUAAUGGAUCCCACAACUUUCCCUGAACGCAUUGCAUACAAAGGACACACAGUAUACUUGACACAUAAAAGAACAAUUACAGGGUUGAUGGAUAAAGUCCUCCCAGUUGAAUGUUCACCGGUUUGUAAUAAACUUGAAGAUGCCUUUUAUAAAGUGUAUUCCGCACAAGCUUUAAAUCUCAUUAUCAUUUUUAAUGAAAUGUCACUUGCCAUUUAUAAAGAUAAGCUUAAGAAUCAGUUUUAUGUAUUUGAUAGUCACUCGCGAAAUAAUGAAGGAUUAAUGUGUACAGAUGGUCAUUGUGUUCUUGGCAUUGUUAACUCCAUUUCUGACUUAUGCUGUUUUCUCCGUCAGCUUCUAGAUUCUUGCAAAAAAGAUUAUUCCUGUGUACAGUUUGACCUGCAUGUGAUAUCUGUAAAGAAAUUUUUCAUUCCUUUAUUACCUACAGCUUUUUGUGUGAAAAUUCUUGACAAUAGAAAAGGUUUUAAAAUUCAAAAGAUCAGGAAACGGAAAAAUAACUCAAAUAACUGUCAAGAUAUGCAAAAUAAAAAACAAAAGUCUAUAGUUUUAAUGGAAGGGAAGUCUCUUAGAAAUGCAGUUGAUGAUAAUGGUUUUGAAUGUUCACAACAUGAUAGUCAUAAUUUUCCAGCUGACAUGAAUAGUGAUCUUUUAUCAUCAUUUGAUGCACUAAUAUCAUAUGGUCCAGAUUAUGUUUGUACUUGCUGUACUCAAACGUUUUUUCGCCAUUUCAUGCGGAAGAUUGAACAGAUCCCAGAUAUUAAAAAGACCUUGAUAGCAAAAUUCUGUACACAGUAUAGAAGUUUUGACAACUUUGAGUGGAUAUGUAAAACUUGUUUGGAAUGGGCAAGUAAAGGCAAGACUCCAAAGUUAUGGAUACACAAUGGUUUAAAGUUUCCUAUGAAACCGACAGAAUUGGACCUUUCUAACCUUGAAGAAAGGCUUGUUUCACCAAGAAUACCUUUUAUGCAGUUGAGACAAAUGCCGAGAGGUGGGCAAGUUAGUAUGAAAGGAAAUAUUGUUAAUGUGCCAGCAGAUGUAAGUGGUACUAUAAAGUCAUUGCCAAGGAUGGUUGAUGAAAAUGAAACCAUUAUGCUUAAAUUAAAAAGGAAAUUAUCUUACAAACAUCAUGUGGCGUUUGAAAAUAUUAGGCCAAAUAAAGUAUAUCAAGCAGCAAAAUGGCUGGUUUCAAAUAGCGAACUAUUUAAAAAUGAGGGUAUAUUUGUAAAUGAGACAUGGCUGCAGCAACACCAUGGAUUCACUGAUACAGAAAAUGAAGACUCUGUUUUGCAAGAUGAACUUGAUCAGUGCAAGUCAGAUGAUGAUUGGACUGAGGAUGAAAGCUUUGUUGACAGGCCAACUGGCAAUUUAGACACUUUCUUACAAAUUGCAGAUUUUAGGGAGUUCAAUCAAGUAUUAUCAGUUGCACCGGGUGAAAACAACUCUCCAAUUGGGCUUUUCCAAGAUUAUCAUUCAGAGAUCUUCUCCUUUCCAACAAUAUUUUGUGGCCAGGCUAGA